CAAACGCGUUUCUCACUCACAGAACAUCCAUACAGACGCCUUAAUGGCAUUAGGAAUGGUAUUAUCUAUCAUGAAGAUUGCAAUCUGCCCUUCUGAUGCCUCCCGCCGCUAGUUUCUUUCUGUCUUUGGUCUGCCUCUGCUUAUAUACCACUGUCGUCGUUAGCCGAGUAUUGAGCUACCAGCUGACCUACUUUCUGCGCUCUCAGCCGCCCGGUCCUGUUUACAAGCCACAGCCAAGCCGAGGAUGAGGAGUACUGUACCUGGGAAACAGACGGGUAAAACCCGCUGCUAAGCUUGAGAAAGCACAAAAAGAAGGACUACAUUAAAAUUAGCCGAGAGUUUUUGGAUUAUUGAGGAGUGUGACAGCAGCGCAGGAAGGGACACCGGCGCUUAAUAACGCGUUAAUAACUUGUUAUGCAAUUGAAGGCUUUGGGUGAAUGAGCCGCUGCUAGUUGAGCUCGGCUGCUAUGUUGGACUUUGAAGAGGAAAAAUGACGGCGCCGGUUAAAGUGACGAAUGGCUUUUCAUUUCUGCCGGACACUCUUUCUUCAGGAUUCUACAGGACUUCAGGGGAAUCAAGGAGGUGGUGGGUAACUGGUCCCCUGUAGGUUUUUCCAAUAGAGCGUUCCGACAAGGUCAGAACUGAUGGGACUUCCAAGACUUCAGAAAGGGCCUGUUUGGCAGAGGGAGUGAAUAUGGACAACCUUUCAGACUUCGGCGGCCCGUGUCCGUCCACCCUUAGGAAAUGGGAUACGAACAGCUGUGUGGAGGACUUAAUGGAUGAAGAUGAGAAGGACAGGGCAAAAAGAGCAUCGCGUAACAAAUCCGAAAAGAAAAGAAGAGACCAAUUCAAUGUGCUUAUCAAGGAGCUAUGCACCAUGCUGCAGGGUCAAGGCCAUCCGCGCAAGAUGGACAAAUCAACCAUACUGCAGAGGACUAUUGACUUUUUACAGAAACAGAAAGACAUCACUGCGCAGAAUGAAAUUUGUGACGUGAAGCAGGACUGGAAGCCGUCAUUCCUCAGUAACGAAGAGUUCACUCAGCUCAUGUUAGAGGCCCUGGAUGGCUUCCUUGUUGCAUUGACAACAGAUGGCAGCAUCAUAUAUGUGUCUGACAGUGUGUCUUCACUUAUUGGCCAUUUACCGUCAGAUAUGGUGGACCAAAAUAUCUUGAAUUUCCUCCCAGAGCGGGAACACGGAGAGGUGUACAAGCUGCUAUCAUCCCACAUGCUGAUGACUGACCCCAUCGCUGCUGAUUUCCUUGACAGUGAGGGACAUAUUGAAUUUUGUUGUCAUCUAGCCAGAGGAAACAUGGACCCAAAGGAGCCGCCCGUUUACGAGUAUGUCAAGUUUGUCGGAGAUUUCAAAUUUCAUAACAAUGUGCCUACGUCUUCUUGUAACGGCCACGAACUGACGUUACCGAGAGGUCUGCAGUCGUCGCUGGAGGAGCAGGUCUGCCUCAUCGCCACAGUACGAUUAGUCACUCCACAGUUUCUGAAGGAUUUGUGUAACGUGGAGGAUCCUUGUGAUGAAUUCACAUCCAGGCACAGCCUUGAGUGGAAGUUCCUGUUUUUAGAUCACAGAGCAUCACCAAUCAUAGGCUAUUUACCCUUUGAGGUGCUUGGAACGUCGGGCUAUGAUUACUAUCAUGUGGAUGACUUGGAGCUAAUAGCCCAGUGUCACAAGCAAUUAAUGCAGUUUGGAAAGGGUAAAUCCUGCUAUUAUCGCUUCCUGACCAAGGGACAGCAGUGGAUUUGGCUUCAGACUCAUUACUACAUCACUUACCACCAGUGGAACUCCAAACCCGAGUUCAUUGUCUGUACUCACACCGUUGUCAGUUACGCUGAAGUGCGGGCUGAACGGAGGAGAGAUUUUGGUCUGGAGGAGCUUUCUCCACCCGAGAUAGCGCCAUCCUCUGUGAAGGCACAGGAGCUGUACUUGGACAUCUGCUCCACUCUGGACACGACAAAGGACAGAAACAGCGGUGCACAUUCAGUGUCCUCCCACAGCUCUCGGAAAUCUUCCCACACUGCUCUGUCAGACUCUUUGUCAGCGAACUCCUACACAGAGGCCUGCACACCAUCAUGGCCGUCAGCUUCCAUUGGACCAGAGAAGACACCUGCCAGAAUCCAGCCCAGGGGAUCAAAGAGUUUGGCUCAAAGACAAAAUUCCUUUGACCUCGUUCCCCAAAUGAGCCUCUCCCUUUCUCCAACCUGUAGCAAGCACUCCACAAUGCAGCAACAGUCGCAGCAGCAGCAGCAGCAGCAGCAAUCCUCUGUGUAUCAGCUGCAGCAGCCUCAGCUCGGCGUAAUGAACCAGCUGAAAGAACAACUGGAGGAGAGGACGCGCAUUCUGCAGGCCGACAUUAAGACGCAGCAGCAGGAGCUGCACGACAUUAAGGAGAAGCUCCAUCUUGCCAAUUUACAGAUAUUGUUACAGCAGCCUAUCCACAAUGAAUUCAGUCAGGCCCAACAGCAACAACAACAACAGCUGCAACCACCCCAGCAGCAGCAGCAGGGACCUGGAAGGCCAGCACAGCAGGACCAGAACCAAUCCGGUGUCAUUAGGGAGCUCUCAGGCCAACCCAAACCAUCAGCCUGCGGGACUCACGGUUCAUCACCACACUCUUCCCUGAGAGAAAACACCUCACCGUCCGCACAGCUUCAGCAGAGGAUCGCUCGGAGCAGACAGACCCAGUCAGUGAGUUUACCAAUGCAGACAAACACGAGCCUGACCACACCCUUCUACAGCAACCCUAUGAUGUUCUCCCAGACCAACACGAGGCCUCAGCAAGACACAAACCAAAGACAGACAGAUAACCAGUUCAGCCCCGACGGACAGUUACGAAUGCUUCUCAACGAGCCGAUGCAGACUCUGGUUCCUACGAGCAGCGUCACUUCACAGCCCUCCCAGUGCAACAUGGGCAUCUCCCAAACCCUAUACAGCCUGGAGCAGCCAAUCACCUCGUUUACCAUGCAACAGGUCAACUGCAACGCUGUGCUCGUGCCAUCCCCUGUUUUCAGUUCCCCCAUAAUGAUCCCACACAACACCUUCAUCACACACCAGGCCCAGUCAGCCUACCACAGCCAGCCUCAGGCCUCUCAGCACUCCGUCCAGCUCCAGCAGCCGCAGCAGUUCUUUCAGAUGACUCAAGGACUUGUACAUGGUGGAUCUGCUCCAGCUUUCCUACACACCACUAAUGUCCCACAGCAAAGCACCAUGGGAUACAUUCAGCAGCAGCCACAAACACAGCAACUGCCACUGGCACAGCAGCAACAACCACAGCAGCAGCAAAGGCAGUACCAACAUUCCCAAAACCAGGCAGGCAGUGUUUCAGACUUCAGGAACAUGUUGGCUCGGUAGCACUGAGGACUUCAUUGGAGCGCUGAGGAUCUGCCUCCCUGACGCCGCCUGGCAGGUGGCAGCACGUCGUGAAGCCUCCUAAUUCAGGAGAAGCCGGCCUGCACGUCGUCACAGUGACACCACAAGCAGAAGAUGCACUGACCCAGCAAGACCUCCAGGAUCCGAGGACAUUCAGGUGUCGGGUCGUCAUCAGGAGGCCACAAUGUACUCAGUAAAACUGAUGCAACAAGUGGAUUAUCAUAGUUUAUUUGAAAAAAAAAAAAAAACUAAAACUGUUUUACAUCAACAUGUGGAGGUUUUCUUCUAGCAAAGUUCUCAUAUACUGUAGGUGUUUGCACUUUGGUACCACCAUCUACCUAGAAGUAGAAUAUUUAUUUAUUUUUACCUAAGAUCAAACAUUCUGCUCUGUUCAUGAUCUCAAGGUCAACUCCGCCCCUGCGACAUGACGUUAAACUGCUUAUAUUAAGACUUUAUUUCCGAUAAAAAUGGAGAGCCUAAUGUGAGUCCUGUUAUCUCCCCUAGAAACAUGAUUUCUGCACAUCCAGUCACUACAGCAGAGCUUUACAGGACAGGACAAUGGUGUGAUGACCACUUUAUCAAAAGGGAGGUAGGAUGUAACAUACUACAGUUGGAAGCUGGAGGUCCAUCUAGAUUUUUAAAGCCUCAAUCUGGGACAGACGGAGUGAGUGGUUAUGUAGCUGUCCCAUCACUGGUCUCACAGAAGCACCACAGAUCUCAGAAACUGAAGCACCAGGUCUCAGCGAGCUGAGAGGCAGGGGGGAGGAAUUGUGCCUUCAAACGUAAUAACGUUCAUGUUGUUGUUUGAUGGGUUGCGUCUGAUUAUGGCUUUAAAAAUCCAGCUCAGGUCCAUUUGGAAUAUAAAAGGUAUAUUUUCAUAAGAGCAUAAUUUGUUAUUAAAACAUAAGACAUCCAGAUUUAUAUAUAUAGUGAUGUUUGGGACUUUCGUGUUUGCAGUAAGUACUUUCUUUCUGAGCAGUGUUUGUGAGUCAAUCAGUAUAUCUGUGACCUACACAACUGAAACUACCUUUUGGAGAUACAAGCUAGUUUUAUACACCAAUGUACUGACAGAUAUUGCUCCUCUGUACUCAGAGGUACAUGCUUGUCCUUGCCCCAUUAUUGUUUCAUAAAAACCUCACGCACACAAGAAAAGUGUAAAUUCUCGUUCCUGACAGUCCAACCAACUGCAUGAAUGGAAACUUGAACCCUACCCUGGUAAACAUGUAUAAAAAGCCUUCAAAUGAAUUCACCAUUUAUGUUAGUAACAUGAUGUUGAAUAAACCUAGCCUUUAAUUUGAUUAUAUUUAUGAAGUGGGGAA